UGUCUGCGGCGCGUUUCUCCUCACCACUCCCAUUUACCGGCGGCUGAACUGCAGAAACAGCGCUUCAUUUAUAACGCACGCAGCUCAAUAGACGUCUGGAGGAGAGGAAAGAACCGUUUCUCUCAUCGGAGAGUCUCUCAACACCCGGCGGACGGGAAUAAUUCAUCGGGGGCCGGUUGCGUAUGACUUGGGAUAAUGUUUGGAUAUACUGGAGCACAGGCGAGGACUUCCAGUGAUCGCGUGGAUUAGGUGACUUUGAUCCUUUUGUGCAGAACAACUACGUUUGCGUGCGUAUGGCAGCGCCGUUUCAGUGGUUCAAUGUGAUGUGGAUACUUGUCAAGGACAUCGUGCGUAAUAAAUGAGCCGUUCCGGAGAACGACGGCGAUGCAUCAGAGCUCUGGAAAACACUCUCGUAGCGCUAUUGUGAUCGCGCGGUGGACGAUGAUCUUCGGCUGUCAACUCGUCUGAGAGUUCCGUCGGCUAUAGGAUCCGUCGGACCCGUCUGAAGAGCAAAGUUAAGCCCGAGAUCGAAAAACAAGACAGAUUGGUGUAUCGUAGCCAAAGACUCAAUGACUGCCGUGGAGCUCCUGUUUGUGGCUCAGUAGCGUGGAGUCAUCACACCCUGAAGAGAGGAGAAAAUGGACAGGCUGAAGGACUUGAGAAUGCUGGGUCAGCCUCUCAGAAGGAGCGCACCCAUGGAGCAACUGCUGCUGUGCCUGGCUCUGUUCUCCAUGCCAUCCUACGCCAUGCUGUGCCCCAAACGGUGCACCUGCCAGAACCUGCUGCCCUCGUACACCGUGCUGUGCGCCAAAACUGGCCUGCUCUUCGUGCCGCCUAAUAUCGACCGGCAGACCGCCGAGCUGCGACUAAUGGACAACUUCAUCACCACCCUGCGCCACCAAGACUUCGCUAACAUGAGCAGCCUCAUACACCUCACACUCUCCCGCAACACCAUCAGCCAGAUCCGACCAUACGCCUUCGCCGACCUGCAGGAUCUGCACGCGCUGCAUCUGGACGCAAACCGGCUCACGGUGCUAGACGACACCCAUCUGCAGGGGCUUGUGAAUCUGCGCCACCUUAUCCUCUCCAACAACCAGCUUCACAGCAUCUCCGACGGAGCCUUCCAAGACUUCCUAGAAACUCUCGAGGACCUCGACCUUUCUUACAACAACCUGGUGGACGUGCCGUGGGACACUAUAGCCAUGCUAGCCAGCGUCAACACCCUCAGUUUGGACCACAAUCUCAUCGAGUUUGUUCCCGAAGGGAUAUUUUCCAAUCUUCAUAAACUCGCCCGACUUGAUAUGACAUCCAACAAGUUGAAGAAGUUCCCCCCAGAUCCUCUAUUCCUACGAAUCCCCGUCUAUGCCAAAAUGAAAGGCUCGCCGCUAACCGCGCUGGUGCUCAGUUUCGGCGGGAACCCAUUGCAUUGCAAUUGCGAGCUGGUUUGGUUGCGCCGCCUGACGCGGGAGGAUGAUCUGGAGACGUGCGCGUCCCCGCAAGACUUGGCCGGCAAGUACUUCUGGACGAUUCGCGAGGAAGAGUUCGUCUGCGAGCCACCUAUGAUCACCCGGCACACUUCCAAGAUGUUCGUCAUGGAGGGUCAAGAGGUUAGUUUGCGAUGCCGCUCCGUGGGAGACCCAGAGCCAACUGUCCACUGGGUCAGUCCAGAUGGGAAGCUAAUCGGAAACACCUCGCGCACCAUAUGCUACGAGAAUGGCUCUUUGGAAAUCUUAACAGCCACGGUGAAGGACUCUGGCGUGUUCACCUGCAUAGCCUCGAAUGCAGCCGGCGAGGCCACGGCUCCUGUGGAAUUAGUCGUGAACCCUUCGCCGCAUUACGACCCCAAACUGGAGCCGGAGCCGGGACCCUCGGACAUGCCGACUUCUAUAAAGUCCAACAGCAGUGGUAGCGGCGGCCAGGCUCGAGCUGAUCAGCGGGUCAGUGUCUCGGAAAUAACCUCAAGCUCUGCGAUGAUACGCUGGCCUCCGCAAAGCCAAAUCCCUGGAGUCCGCAUGUACCAGAUCCAGUACAACAGCUCCACCGACAACAUCCUCAUAUACAGAAUGAUUCCCGCCUCCCAUAAGUUGUUUCUACUGAGCGAUCUGGCCUCGUCACGAGACUACGAGCUCUGCGUCCUGGCUGUCUACGACGACGGCAUCACGGCUCUGACCGCGACGCGGCUGGUAGGCUGUGUCUCCUUCUCCACGGAGCGCGAGUUUCGCCACUGCCGCUCCAUCCACGACCAGUUCCUCGGCGGCACCAUGAUCAUCAUCAUCGGCGGGAUCAUCGUGGCGUCGGUCCUCGUCUUCAUCUUCAUCCUGCUGAUGAAGUACAAGCUUCACAGCCAGCACUACAAGCAGAAGGCGGCUCGCGUCAGUAACGUUUGUUCUCAGACCAACGGUGGCCAGCAGGGGGCGCCAUCGGGCCCUCCGCCGCGCUCGUCCUCGGGAUCCUCCAGCAAGCCUUCCGUCCCGCUCGGGUCGGACAGACAAGAAGGGUCCCACGGCCUGGAGGGGGGUUACGGAGCGCUUAAAGGGACCACGGUGGUGGACUUGAACCCGGAAUAUGGGAAAUCGUUCAAAGAGGACGACUCCAUAUCGCAAUAACACAGGGUUCGAUCCCGCCUCCCUUCCCAUUCUCUUCACAUCUCAACUCAUUCUGUUUCUUUUCUGUUGCCGGCGUAUUGCAGCCUUACCGAGGGUUUUCUCCUGU